UUCCCUGCCAACCAAUGGGACGCAGCGAACCGCCCCGGAAGCGGAAGUAGUCUUGUAUCUGGCAGAGAAGAAGAUAGAAGAGGGUCUGGGACGCUUGUGGAGCGGGGUAUGAGAUGAAUGGCUGAGAAGAGUUUAUGGAGGACGGGGACAUUUUGCAAGGACCCUACACAUCUGCAGCCUCAGGAGACUAUUCAAGAGAUCAGCAAAGCAUGGAAGGCGAUCUCUAAUGCCAAAGCUGCUCUGAGACACGUUGAAAACAAGCUGGAUGUGGCCCCCACAAGCAGUGUCAUUUUUGAUCCCAUCAUGGAUGCUAGGAAGCCGGUCGGUGCUACUCGGAAAAUAAGUAGGAAGGAUGGACGAUACCUUGAAGAUACAAAUGGUCACCCAAGCAAGUCUUCCCGCCCUAGAAAAUCCAUCAGAGAAAAGUCUUCUCGUAGUCCACUGCGUGUCACUACUCUGGAGAGCAAUGUGAAAAGUUCAUACCAUGUUGGGUUCCGGGAACCUUUGGCCUCAUAUCGGGAUGCUACAAGCGUGCUGUCAUCUUCAAAUGAGAAAAGCACUAUGCACACUCUAUCUGGUUUAAAUAAAGGUGUCCAAGAGGAAAAAGACUUUGACAGCACACGUACUUCAGCUUUGGAUGAGACCUCGGUACACUAUCUGAAUGACCGACUAGCCAUUGAUGCUCUGGAGUGGAGAUUACAGCAGUCUUACAGUGACAUACAAACUGGUUUUAGAGAAAUUAAACCAUCGGAAUCUUCCCAGCAGCAUGUGUCAUUUAGUCCUUCAAGUAAUAAGCUAGAGACUCUAAAGAGGCGGCAACCUGACACAAAAUUGGAGAAACUGAAAGAGCGAAUUCGCCGACAGUGGGAGGUGUCAGUUGAGAAGGACAACCGAGAACGACUUCCGAACACUACACACCAUACAGAUGUUACAGCAGGCACAAAGACACGGAAAGUGGCAGCUGCUCCUCCACCUCCAUCUUACCGUGGUUUUAACCCCCCAGAAACAAAAAUCCGAACUCCAGAUGGCAAAGUCUGGCAGGAGGCAGAAUUUCAGAACCUCCAUAGUACAUUGGCACCAUCAUUUCAGGAUGUUGCACCUUCCAGUGAAAAGACAAAAGAGAAGAGGACAUCUAGGCCAGUAAGAAAGGUGCAGAGAUUGGGAGGUGCGGCGGGCUCUGCAAGUCCUGAUGGGAAAAUGGGACACCUCGUUGGUACAUCUUCAUGGAGAGAUGGUCAAAAACUGGUAAAACAAAUCUUGGGUCCUGCACCCAAGGUUGAGAAAGAAGCAAAGUCUCAGUCUAAUGAUCAGACAAACAAACAGACUUCUUCCACAAACCCAGCAAUGGAUAAAAGGUCAGCAUCCAAAGAGAGGAGCAUAGAGAGAAGAAUGGCAUCCGAUGAUCAGCAGCGGAAAGGGCGUUCAAAGUCAAGCGAUCGACUUACUGGCAAAAGAUCCUCUUCUAAAGAACCACCUAAUGAGAACCAGGACAGGACUAAUAAAUCAGCUCACUCUUCAAGUCGUUCCGAGUCGCAUCCUGCUGAGAAUUCUACUAGGGGCCAAACUAACAACACAAAUGGUUCAAACAAUAACAAGAAGUCACAGACUGCAGAGAAGCAGAAAGUCAAGGCUGAAUCAUCGGAGGUGAGAAAAGAUUUUCUUCCACUGGAAAUCAGGGGGAUUUUAGAAGAUCUGCAGUUGGACAGUGCGGUUGAUGGCACUAAACAGGUUCGUAACAGAAGCCACAGCCCCACCAAAAGGAAGCCUGAAAAGGGACAAGUUUCUGAAGAGCCACAUAUCUCUUCGAAAAGAAGGCAUUAUGACACUGAGCAGGUACGCUUAUAUAUUAUGCGGCAACAGGAGGAGAGGAAAAAGAGACAGCAUGAAGAAAGAGAGGCCCAGCGGCAAGCUGAGGAACAGAAGAACAAGCGCCUGCAAGAAUUGUAUCAAAAACAAAAGGAGGCUUUUAGCAAAGCUAAAAGUGCGUCCAUUGGACAGCGUGAGAAGGAUGCACAGGACACGGCAUCAAGCAAGUCUUUAGAUCCAAAUGCACGGCGACAAAACGAUACUUACACCAAACUGCUGCUAGGACAAGCAUGGGCUGAAGUCUCUACACAGGAAAAGCAGACGAAUCCUUUGUAUCAACCUUCGGGUGAGUCGGACAAAGAGAAUAAGGGCCAGGAGAGACCUCAUAGUGCCUCCUCCAGUAGUGACCUCUCUCUCUCUGAACCUCUGCAGCCUCUACUCAGGAAUGACCUUGUAGAGACAUCAAUCUAUCCUCAACCAGACAGACUGACCUCAGAAAGUUUAUUACCUCAUUCUUAUGGCCAGACAUCAGGGGGAGCUGGAAUUCUUCCUCAGUAUCUUGCCCUUCCUAAAGACUUGGAAUCUCUGUUCAGCAACUGGAAAAGUUCUACAAAUGUAUUUCCAUCCAAUCACAAUGCAAGUGUCCAAGGAAAACCAUCUGCAAAUUUUAAGAGUAAUCUAGAUCGCAUAGAAUCCUUAAAAGCAACAGCAGUAUCACUGUCCUCUAGAAUUGAAAAUGAAGCUAAAAAGUUAGCUGGUGGUUCGGUUAACUUUCCAUCGGCAUGGUCUGUAGAUCCAGAGCCGAGACAGACAAUAAAAUCAGCUUGGAAAAAGCCGGAUAGUCCCCCGGAAAGAGAAAGCCAAGAGGAUGUUUUCUCCAGUAGGAUGCAGAAAAUGCUGCGCACUUGUUCAAGUAACUUCUCCCAAGAUGACCUUCCUGGGGCAAACCAUCUCUACAGGAAACAUCCCGAGGAGCUUAUUCCUCCCAAGUCUACAUUGCUGGGGACAUGCAAUGUUGGACAGGAAGAAAAAUUGCCUGUGCAAAAACAUGAAACAUCUGCAAGGCCUUCUGAAAUGUCAAAGAAAGCCUCUCUGUCACCAAACUCCAGCACCAGCUCUAUUAGUGAGGGGCCAAUAUUGAGUGAUGCCAGUUUUUCUGAAGGGGAGGGUGUUCUUAAACACGAGUCACAACCCAAUCCAGCUGAAACUCUUAAAAAUAAAGAGUUCUGCAUCCGGGACACCAAAUCUUUUGCACCACUUUCCGAGUUCCAGAGGGAGGCUGAUAAGUACCUACCUUUGCCAACGUCUAGCAUUAGACCAGAUCCUUGGGGGGAGUUGGCCAAGGGAAGUCCGCACAGUGUCAUAAACAUCUUUACCAGAUCUUACCAGCAUUAUGGCAAAGUAGAGCUAAAUGAAAAUACUGAAGAGAAUGUACCAAAUAUUCAGCCUGUGCAUUCAGCAACCAGUCCUCAGAACAGCGUCUCCUAUGCAGAUGAUUUUGUUUCAUCCCAAGCUAAUGAAUCGGCCCUAGACUCUCAGAAGUCUGCUCAACGAAGUAGUGUGGACAUCAGUGCUUCCAGUGCCAAGGAGGAACUGUCAUCUGUCAAGUCUAGAAGUGAAGGAGCAUCAUCUCACUCUUCACAACCUUCCUCUGUUGCUUCAUCUCCUUUAUCAGUUUCCUCCCAUAGAGGGAGUUCAAAGAGGAAGGGCUUUCAGAAUGAUAACACUCAACUGCCUCUGGAUAUGAUGCAAAACCUAUCGGGCUCUGAACACAAAAGCCAUGUCAGCAAGCAGGCUCAGUCUGGAAAAGAGCAAUCUGCGGGCUCUGAAUCUGACAGCACCAUGGGUGAUCUUUCUUCUCGAUCUAUUACCAGCCUUAUGUCUGAUGGAGGACGGAAUGAUAAAAGUUAUCAUUCCAGCAUAAAAGAUACAGCAGGAAAAGCACCCUCACCACCAGCACACUCAGUCACUGCAGCUCCAGGAUUAAUGGCUGCAUCAGGACAAAGUGCUAUUCGAUUUUCCCCUGCUGGAUUACAACAGCGCAUAUCUGCAGAACUAAACUACUUGGGUGCCAUGGAGGAAUCUGUUAGACAGCUGUGUGAUGUGGAGCGUGUCCGGGGAAUUUCACUUGCACAGCAAGAAACUGUUUCACUGGCACAGAUCCUAAAGUCUCAACAACAACGUCAUGAGCAAAGUAUGGCUGCUCUGAGACUUCAAGCGGAACAGGAGGCCCAAGCAAGUAUGAGGCAGCUGGAGGAGGCACGUCAGCUUGCAGCACAGACACAGGCAGAAAUGCUUCAGCGUUUCCAGAAGACAUUAGAAGCAUCUGCAUCUCAAAAUGUGGUCCAGACGCAAGAGACUGUGGACCAUGAUUACUUGUCUCCUACUAGCUCAGAUCCUGCUGCCAUCUCUCCCCUUGAACAACAGAAGCGCCAGCGUUCUCGUAGUAUUAGGAAAAAGGGUUCACGUUCUGCUUCUCCAUCAUCUCAGCCUCCAAGCAGUGUGUCCAGCUUCAAAGAGAGAUCCCCUAGUAGUAGCAGUGAGCAGGACAGUCCACCACCAUCAUCCAUCAAGGAGGAAAUCAUUAGUCAGAGAGACCUGGAGGAGAGCAUCUCUGAAGAGCUACCAAUGCCCGAGGGUAGUGCGUUAAAGGGGGACAGCAGCAUAUCUCUUGAUGAUAAAGGUGCCAGCUCAGCAGCUCCUACCAAUGAAGAAGGCAUUGAGGAAUUAUCGUUUCGUUCCCUGCUUCCCUCUGAAUACCACAGGCGUGGUAGCUUGGAGAGACAGAGAAGUCGGCGACAUGAAUCUGAUGAGGAAAGCACCCCUGAUAAGGGGAAACAAGAGGAGCUCAGUGGCCCCUUUUCAAGCGGGCAGGACAGUUUUUGGAAAUUCACAAUGGAGAUGGUACGGCAGUAUAUGCAAGAAGGAGAAAUGCGCUCUGCACACCAGGCUGCUCUUCUUCGCCUGCGUCAAAAAGCACUCAAAGAGAAGACUAAAGCAGAACUUGCUUGGCUGGAACACCAGAAAAGAAAUUUGCGUGACAAGGGAGAGGAUGACAAAAUGCCACCAUUGAAGAAAAGACAAAGAGGUCUUUUAUUAAGACUCCAGCAGGAACAGACGGAAAUCAAGCGCUUGCAGGAAGCAAACAAAGCAGCUCGCCGGGAAAGGCAACUUAUCUUGAAACAGCAAGAAGAAAUUCAGCGUAUCCAGAACAGCACACUGCGGCUGCAAGAGAAGCUCAAAUCUGCAGAGAGUGGUCAGCUGGAACAGCCCAGUGAAGGGGAUGUUAGACUCAGUCCAUCAUCAAGCCGCAUUCCUUCUGAUGCGGAGAGCCGGAGCCACUCUCCUGUGUCAGUCUCUGGUAGUGAGACCAGCAGUAUCAUGCAGAAGCUCCGCAAAAUGCACAGUCACAUGGAUGCCAAAGACAUCUGCCCUGUUCACUGCUUCUUCUCUGUCUUUACGCCCCAGCACUGGGCCUCUCUCAGUGUGUGCUUUCCCAAACUUCACCCCAAAUUCCAGCUCUAUAUCUGCCGCCAGCUGCUCAGAUUCUUAACAAAGCGGGAACAACAGCUGGUGCAGAGGAGGUUGCAUGCACAGGAGCUUCUGGAGUGGAAAAGGAGACUGGAUGCUGAAGAGCUGGAAAUUAGACGCAUUGAGAAGCAGGCACUGGCUGCUUGGGAGAAACCAAGGGCUAAAACCACAAGUCAGAGCACUGAGGGAGAAGAGACUGUGCAUGACGAGAAGAGGAGCCGGGAGGCCUCACCAACUCCAGCGAGCCCUGCAAUACACACAAGCACCUCUUUAAGUCCUCCACCAGAAUAUUUAUCCUCGGAGAGCAUCGAACCAUCAACCAUUGCUGAACAGAUUCAUGAGCAGAGUGGGGAACAUAGCAGCAUCUCUGAAGAUCUGGUCUUGUCUGCUUUUAGCAAGAAGUCUCCACCUAGGAGCAACAAGUCCACAACAGAAUUAGAAUCCAGCAAGGAGAGUACAAGAUCUGGGAGACAGAAAGUGCACAUUACAUUGAGGCCUCAGCAGCUUUCUCACACUUGGUCUGAGGAAUCCUUGUCUAUGACACAUUCAGAAGCCACAUCUGACCAAAGCGACAUUGAAGGUCGUAUCAGAGCGCUGAAGGAAGAAUUAAGAAAACGUAAAUCUAUUGUGGAAAACCUGAAGAGGGAACAGAAAAGAAGACAGAAAGAAAGGUUGCGUGCUCAGGAAGCCAUUUUACUUCAACAGCUUCAGUCCUAUGAUGAGUACAUUCAGAAGACACAAGCUGAACUGAGCGAAGAACAAACUACAACACCACCCAGUGUUAAGAGUGUGACUAAAGCUGACCAGGAGUUUACUGUGCAACCUGAUUACCCACAAAGAGCCGACAGUGCUCUUUCCUAUAAAGCUGAGAGCGAAGACAUAAAGGACAUCAGUAACAGGUCUGAAGCAGAAAGCAUCAAAGAAGAGAAACCUUUGGCCGGAAAGGAAGUUUUAACUGAGCGUAUCCCUGAUGAAACUAGACUUGUAUUGGAGCCUUUCACAGUCAAAGAAGAUGUCUCUGUUGCAACUUCCCCAUCACUCCCAGUCAAGGAUGCUUCAUCAAGCUCUACCCAUGACAGUCCUGUGUCCAGCAUCCAUUCAGAAAUUCCGGAGGAUGUGCUGGAUGCGCAGAGCCAUAGGUCCUUCUCACCUUUGCCAGCUCUGAGCCUUCAUUUAGGGAGUGAGCUUCAAGAUGAGUAUGUCUCCCCACAAAAAGACCACUCCUACUCUGAUGAUUUUGAGUUAUCUGUACCCUUAAAGCUGUCAGUUUCUGAAACGCCACGUGAAGAAUUUGAUAUCUCAUUGACAACACCAGGAAGGGAGCUACACAGUGAAGUUUUAGUUGAGCAAGAAGCAGAUAAAGAUGAACUGAAAUCGACUAGUCCUCGCCUUCUGGACAUCAUCGAAGUCAAGCCUCCUUCACUAGAACACCUUUCCACCAGUGAUGUAACUGACCCACUUUCAGGGUUUCAGCUUGGAGACAGAGUGUUAGUAAGUGGCGUACAGCCUGGCACACUACGUUUUAAAGGGGAGACCCUUUUUGCAGAUGGUAUAUGGGCCGGGGUGGAGCUUGACAAAUCUGAAGGCAACAAUGAUGGCUCCCUUGGAGGUAGUCGAUAUUUUGUAUGCUCUCCUCUUCAUGGACUCUUUGCUCCACCACACAAAAUCACUCGGCUAGUAGAGGAAGAACUUGUUCCCCCCUCAGCAGAAAAAUGCAUUUUAACAGAAGAUACAGAAUUUUUAAAUCGGGGUGACUUGGAUGGCCACCUUCCUUUAGCUGAGGAAUUUGAACAAAAAACCCCAGAAAAGACCCCUUUGCAAAGUGCAGAGUCUAGUGUUUCUGAGUUAUGCUCCCCUUCUAUACAAGAGGAACUGCAAGUGGACAUUCCUGCUGAUACUGCAGUCCUGGACGAGGAGCACAAGGAUCCACAGGACUCUCUUUUAGAGGUCACUGUGAAACCUCAUGAGGACCGCUUUAAUAGAACACCAGAAGUGGGCACAAUUUCAGAUAGUCUUCUACAAGCAUGCUUGACUGACACUGUUGCCUACCUCCAAAACAUUCGCAAACAGCGGGCACAGAAAAUUCAGGAGAGCAACCACGAUUUCCACACUGUUCAUGCUUCAGAAGAGAUCCCAAUACAAGAUCUGCACCAAAAACUGGGUCCCUUCCACAAUGCUUUUACUGAACAGAAAGUCACAGAGUUUGACCCAAGCCGCAGCAUACUGUCUGUUCUCGGAGAAGAUGCCGACUGGUUUGAGGAAGAUUUUGGACUGAGUAGUCGUAGAAACCAACUCCUGGAACGUGCUCCUUCAGCCGGUACCGGAACAGAACAAAGUAUGUUAGCACCUCGGUCUGAAGCACCUCCAAAGCCUGUUCAGCCAAUUUCUCCCCCAGAGCUCAUCAUGGCGGUUCCUCACUCUGUGCUAGAGGUUGAGCAGCUGGUCCAGUCUGCAGUGGAUGAAUUGUGGACGUGGAAACAGCUAAGCCUGGACAUUGCAGAGAUCCGAAACAAUUUCACACAUCAUGAGAAUGAAGAGCAAAGCCCAGCCUACAGUGCCUAUAAAGAAAUGUUGUUUGACCUGACAUUGCAUAUAUUUGAAGAGAUCUGCUCUCCUGACCCCCGCGGAUCUCAACCACUAUGGAAGAAACCCAUAUGCAUGACUCUGUCAUACUCCCGUCGGGUGAAGGAUCCCAGUAACAUGCAGGAAGUGAAGUCUUUCCUCACAAGCGAAGUUCUUAAUCUACUAAGUUUAAAGAAGGAACAAAAUCAUAAAAUGGACUGGCAGAGGAUGAUGAAGUUUGGCAGGAAGAAGAGGGACAGAGUGGAUCAUAUAUUGGUGCAAGAGUUGCAUGAGGAGGAGGCACAAUGGGUGAACUACGAUGAAGAUGAACUGUUUGUAAAGAUGCAACUGGCUGAUGGAAUAUUCGAGGCCUUAAUCCGGGACACUAUACAAGUCUUGCAGCACAUACAGAGCAGGAAGAACGACUCGCCCACAGUGUGAUUUGUUCACGCCAUCUCUUGCUGGUUACAAGAUUUCCUAUGGGAGAGCUUUCCAUGCAUGAAUAGGAGACACGGGUCUGUGCUGUUCCUGAAGCAAGGAUGAGCCAGACCCUCGGUGAGGACAAUGUUCUCUGAUUAGAGAAUGAUGAGUUAUAAGGAGUGAUACUGAUUCUCCUCUUUAAACUUUUAAUCUUAGACUUUUUUUUUUCCUUCAUUUUGAUGCAAGGAAACACAAUUUACUAUUAGCCUGGACUUGUUUUUAAAUUAUUUUAUAAAUUCUCUGUUAUCCAAAAUAGAAGAGACUCCCCAAGUCUCUUGCAAUGCCACUUUACACGGUUCAGAGGUAAUUUACAGUGCAAGUAUAAAGUUCAGUGCAGGCUUCUGCAAUUAAGCUGCUGCUGCUGACUGAAACGUCUGAAGGUUGAGUAGCAGCGUUGGUGUUGAAGGUUCUCCAUUCCUUCUAAUUUGCGUGUGAUACUGGUAACCAGUUAAACUUAGGUUGAGCUUUUGUGAGGCAUGGGUGUGUACAGCUGCCUCAUCAAGUGUCCUUAACUUCUUGCAAUACUUGAAAUGCUGGGUGUACAGUAGCGUCUAUGGGCGAUCAGCCGUCUCCGGCUUCCGAGGUUUGGCAUGAGAACUUGAGAUUAUUUUUUUCCUUCUCUGUAUAUACCUUUAAUUAUCAUUAGAAGGGCGUAUUCACGAAGGAUCACAAUGAAAAAUUGCUUUAGCAUUAAUUAUGCACAUUCAUAAGCGCAGACAAAGUCUGGUUUCUUUCUGUGCUGUCGAUUUAACACUAUACACAGUAGAGGUUCUCAACACUUGGUGUUUCAUGCUGCGUUCAAGUGUGUAUCACAUUUAGCGCUUACCACCUCCCUGCAUAAACCGUAUAGUGCAUUUUAAGAGCAGGUCUUCAGGUCCAACUAGUCACAGGUUUUGUCCAGCUGCCUUUUAUGCUUUCACUGUGUUUAAACCAAACUACCUGGUGAAGCUCUUCUGGCCUUAUUUCAUCAAAUGCUGCUAUGAGUGUUUUUUGUUUUUUUCCUGUAUGACCAGCAGAUGGCGCAGUGGUUGCACAAAGCAAAAUCGCUCUGGUCUAAUAGGCUCCUGGUAGUGGUCACCUGGUGGGCAUUUGUAAACUAUUGGAGUCUAGCCAUGUCAUUCAGGUCAUGCGAAGCACUCCACAGGGGACACCAAGUGAGUCAUUAAUUGCGCUGUAUGAAAUAUGUUGGAGAACAGCCAUGGAACUUGGCUAACUUGUUUGACAGUAUUAAGUCCUUCUUUAUCGUAAA